AUGCCAAUAAGCAAAGAGGAGUUCUUCAACAUGAAACACUCUGCCGCUAGGAAUGUCAUUGAGAGAAGCUUCGGAGUUCUUAAAAUGCGGUUUGUAAUUUUGAGAUCUCCCUCGUAUUACCCUAUAAGGACUCAAUGUCAUAUCGUGUCAGCAUGUUGUCUGCUUCAUAACCUAAUUAAGAGAGAGAUGCCGAACGAUCCCAUUGAACACGAGUACACUGCAUGGGAACGAGCACAUGUGAACGAUGUCCCUGUUGAUGAUAACAUUGCUAACGUUGAAAGUUCCAAUGAGUGGACUGCGGGGAGGGAUGCUCUAGCGGCGGCCAUGUAUAACCAUUGUGGAGUGGAAAGGCCUACAAAGCAAAAACGUAGGAGUUGGAGGAAAAGGGAGGAGGAUGCACUAAUGAAGUGCAUGCUCACUGAAGCGGCAGAGAGGCGGAAGGCCGAUAAUGGCUUCAAAACAGGUUACUUCACCCAUUUGGAGAAGGAGUUAGAGAAAGUGCUCCCGGGCUGUAACCUUAAGGCAAACCCCCACAUUGACUCCAAGGUGAGGUAUUGGAAAUGCGUAUGGGCUAAAAUUGUAGACAUUACAAACCUAAGUGGAUACGGGUGGGAUGCGGUCAACAAACGCAUCGACGUGGACCAAGUCGUAUGGGAUGCGUAUGAAAAGGCCAAUCCUAAAAAGGCCCAAGGCUUGUAUGGGAAGUCUUUCCCGUACUUUGAAGAUUGGCAAACCAUAUUUGGCAAGGAUAGGGCUACGGGGGCAGCCGCCGAAGAUUAUGACGAAAUGGCGCGGCCGGAUAUUCCCAAUGAAAGUAUGGAGCCACACAACUCCAAUGACUUUUAUGAUGCCCUAUUCGAUAACUACGAUCAACAUCUCCCCAAUAGUCCUACAACUCCCGUAACUCCCCACGUCCACUCCCCAAAGGUCAAUGCCGACGGCCAAUGCCGGAGUCCCAAACAAGAGAAAGAGGACAAGAAUGGGUGA